AGCUCAAGGGAUUUUAAAAAAAAUCCUCGGUACGCCUCAGUUUGGCAGUCGCGACUAACGAGUGAUUACAAAAGUGAAUAUUUCUGUGAAUAACUAGAUUUUCCUAUUCGCUGUGAAUUCUAAAAUUGUUUUGUGAAGAAACAUCCGCCGUCUCCGCCCCAUACAUCAAAGAUGUUCAUUGGUAAAACUGCAGCAUUCCUGGUCAUCGCAAUUCUCUGCAAUGUCACCCUAGCUGAAUCUGAAAAUCAGUAUGUCAAAAAUAUUGUGAAAGGUCCUGGGAUCUUCUUCGACCCUGUUGGCACACUAAAGAUAAUAAACGACCAAUUUCAUAUUGUAAUUCCCGUAGAGAUCAUUCCCAUACAAAAUCAUAUAAUGGACAUAAAUAAAGUGUUCAAUAAUGUUCAGUCUUAUUGUCAGAGAAGCGAAGUAAUUGGUGUUUCGCAAUGUCAUAACUUAUUGCAACCUUUAGAAGCAAUCCUUAAAGAUCUCCAACGUGACUUUAAUGCCGUUUCACAUCUAGUAUCCGAUAAUUACGUUUCGAAAAGAUCCGCAUGGUUUUCCGGAAUAGGCACUGUAUUUAAACACAUAUUCGGUACCUUGACCGAAGAUGAUGCGAAGACCUAUGAAGACGCUAUUAAAACUCUUUAUGAAAAUGAUAAAAAGAUUUCAGGAACAUUGAAGAAAACCGUAAUUGCUUCCCAAUCUGCCAUUUCCAAUAUAAAUCAAUCCUUACAUGAAAUGAACCUUAAUCAAGCAAAAUUGAAUGGUGUCGUCAAACAAUUAGCGUCUUCGGUAUCCAAUAUAACAAAUGCUUUUAAUGAAGUUAACUUUAGGAAUAAUUUUUAUAACAUUUUAAAUAUUUUACAAUCAAGCUUACUGACUUUAUCAUUUAAGGUGGAAGACUUACUUAACUCCAUUUUACUCAUUAAAAGUAACACAUUGCAUCCUUCAGUUCUAACCCCGAACCAAAUGUACAAUGAUAUUGUAAAUAAUUUUAAGUUACUACCUAAGUACAGAGAUUUUCCUGUAAUCAUAGAUAUAAGCAAUAUUCAUAUUCUAAUUAAUAUAGCCGAUUUAACUUGUUACUAUUUCAAUGAAAAAUUAAUGUUUAUUGUAAAGAUUCCACUCGUAACCUUAGAACAUUUUAAUAUCUAUAAAACUGUACCAUUGCCGAUUCCACAUACGGAGGGUAAUUUAAAUUCUUUCGCUAUGAUCCUCCCUUCGGAACAAUUUUUAGCCUUGAGCACAGAUAAACUAUCUUAUAUCUAUCUCAAAGAUUUAAAUGAUUGUAAAAGCAUACUUACUGAUACUUACCUUUGUGAAAUAACUGAUGUCUACGCAGUACUUAAUAAUCCUUCAUGUGAAAUCGAAAUAAUUACUAAAGCCUUAACUACCCUUCCGGAAAAUUGUCCUGUUAAGGUUAUGUUUGGUGAUUUAGAUAUUUGGCAUAAGCUAAAUAAUAACAAAUGGAUAUUUGUACAAUCAAAAUCCACUAAAUUGUCUAUUGAAUGUAAUCAAAAUGUAUCUGAGUUAGUUAUAUCCGGUACAGGUGUACUAAGUCUACCAAUAGAUUGUGUAGGUUUUCAUAAAAACCUUAAGUUGGUGACUAAAGUGUAUCCUAAAACAUAUGUACCCGCUGUAUCCUCGAAUUUUGAUAUUAUUAACGAUGAUUGUUGUAAAAGUGUAAACAAAUUAAGUAAUAACAUUUCUAUUCCAAAAAUCAAGAUUAUUAACCUUGAUAAUUUAAAAUCAAUUAAAGCUAUUUCAGACAUGUCAAUGGAGGAUCUAAAUAAGAUCAAGAAUCCUAAUAAUUUUAAUAAUCAUGUUAGCUUUCCUAUUUUAAGUAUUUUCUCUGUAAUCUUAGUUAUUAGUUUUGUUUUUGUAUAUUUUUAUAAGAAAGGCAAAUGUUCAAGAAAACUCCAAGUUUCCAAUAAUAUCCCGGUUGAGCAAGAUAAUAAUCUGGCAAACCAGAGUAAUCCUUCAGUAGCCCGCUUGCGAGUUUGUUAAAUAUUAAGUAAACUUACAAAUAAACCGUAAGUUUCCUCAUAACGAGGGGGUUGUUAUAUAUUUAAAACCUUAGAGACAACCCUAUGUCAGCCUCUAUUUUAGCAAGCUUGCAUUCUCCUAUUCAACUGCCAUGAGCAUUAUCUUUCAGCUUAAAGUUAGUCCCAUUUUACGAUUCAAACCGAGCAGUUGCCUUUCUAAAUCUGAUUUUCUAAA